AUGGGUAUGAAAACAUUUACUCAUAGUUCCUCUUCCCACAGUCAGGAAAUGCUCGGAACUAUGCUGCGAAAUGAUGGACAUUUCUGUGAUAUCACUAUUCGUGUCCAGGAUAAAAUCUUCUGGGCACAUAAAGUGGUACUAGCAGCUUGCAGUGAUUUCUUUUGUACCCAGCUUGUAGGCCAGGCAGAGGAUGAGAACAAGAGUGUGCCAGAUCUGCAUCAUGUUACAGUGACUGGCUUUAUUCCCCUUUUAGAAUAUGCUUACACAGCCACUCUGUCAAUUAAAGAAAACAUUAUUGAUGUUCUAGCUGCAGCCAGCUAUAUGCAAAUGUUUAGUGUUGCUAGCACCUGCUCAGAGUUCAUGAAAUCAAGUAUUUUAUGGAACACACCCAAUAGCCAAGCAGAAAAGAGUCUAGAUGCUGGACAAGAAAAUUCUAACUGCAAUUUUACUUCUCGAGAUGGAAGCAUUUCUCGAGUAUCUUCAGAGUGCAGUGUGGUAGAAAGAACCAUUCCUGUGUGCCGAGAAUCCCGGAGAAAGCGCAAAAGCUACAUUGUUAUGUCUCCUGAGAGUCCUGUUAGAAAUAAACAAGUUGACUCUUCUUUAUCUUUUCCCUGGACUUCUCCUUUUGGAAUUGAUAGAAGAAUUCAGUCCGAGAAAGCUAAGCAGGCAGAGAACACCCGGACUUUAGAAUUACCUGGCCGGUCUGAGCCAGAUAGAAGAAUGAUUGAUUGCGUGACUUGUAAGAGCACAAAAGCUGCAUUGCCUCUGGACACUGAAGAAGACAUCCAAGUCAAAGUCGAAAGGUUAAGUGAUGAGGAAGUCCACGAGGAAGGGUACCCCCAGGCUGUCAGUGCAUCUCAGAGUUCACUGAGUGAUCAACAGACAAUUCCGGGAAGUGAACAAGUCCAAGAGGACCUUCUGAUUAGUCAACAGUCUUCCUCUAUAGGCUUAGUAGAUAAAGGUGUCAGCGAGGGGUCGCCUACACUUCAAAACACUUCUAGCACUAAUGCUCAUGCGGAUGACGACUAUCAACUCUACAUUGCUCCUUCUACCAGCAGUACGGAAGGACCAAGUCCAAAUGGUCCAGACAGACCAUUUCAGUGUCCAACCUGUGGGGUGCGAUUCACCCGUGUUCAGAACCUAAAACAGCACAUGAUCAUCCACUCAGGAAUUAAACCUUUUCAGUGUGACCGCUGCGGGGGUGGGGGUGGGGAGUUCACCAGGGCUUACUCGCUAAAGAUGCAUUGCCUAAAGCAUGAAGGUAAACGCUGCCAGAUAUGUAGUGCUCCUUUCACUUCCUUUGGGGAAUAUAAACACCAUAUGAGGGUUUCCCAGCACAUUAUCCGCAAGCCUCGGAUUUACAAGUGCAAAACAUGUGGUGCCACGUUCACCAACUCUGGAAAUUUAAUCGUGCACCUGAGGAGUCUGAACCAUGAAGCAUCAGAGAUAGCAAACUAUUUCCAGAGCAGUGAUUUCCUAGUACCUGACUACUUAAACCAAGAGCAAGAAGAGACCCUUGCUCAGUAUGAUCUUGGAGAACAUCGUUUUGAAAGCAACUCUUCCGUUCAAAUUCCUGUAAUUUCACAGGUCUCCUCCACCCAGAACUGUGAAAGCACUUUCCCCAAGGGAUCUCUUGCUGGGCUGGCAGAAAAGGAAGAAGAGGUGCCAGAGCAGCCAAAGACCAGUGCUCAUGGUGAAGCUACCAGAGAUGAUCCCCCAAAGACAGAACUGUCUUCUAUAACUAUCAAGUAG